AUGUCCGACAGAAACACUGUGAUGAGGAGUGAGGGGGCAGGGAAACUGUGUUUUGUCUUGAAAGGUAUGUGGCUAAGUGUAAUUAAACCUGCAUUUCCAAAUGAACUCCUGACAAUUCAUCUAGAAGUGAAAACAAACAAAGAAAACCCAAGAUGCAAGGGACAGAAAUUUACAAAAAAUGAUCCCCCAUUUCAACUCAAACUUCCUCCAAAGGCAGCUAGACCUGAAAAAGAAGUUGACCCAGAAUAUGAAGAGAAGAUGAAAGCAGAUCGAGCAAAAAGGUUUGAAUUCCUCCUGAAGCAGACAGAACUUUUUGCACAUUUUAUUCAGCCUGCAGCACAAAAAUCACCAACAUCUCCAUUGAAAGUCAAGCUGGGACGGCCACGGAUGAAGAAAGAUGAAAAACAGAGUUUGAUUUCAGCUGGGGAUUAUCGUCACAGGCGCACAGAACAAGAAGAAGAUGAAGAGCUAUUGUCAGAGAGUCGAAAAACAUCUAAUGUGUGUAUUCGAUUCGAGGAGUCUCCUUCAUAUGUGAAAGGAGGAACACUAAGAGAUUAUCAGGUUAGAGGUUUGAACUGGAUGAUCUCAUUGUAUGAAAAUGGUGUUAAUGGCAUUCUGGCAGAUGAAAUGGGUCUUGGUAAGACUCUGCAAACAAUAGCAUUAUUAGGGUAUCUGAAGCAUUACCGAAACAUUCCUGGGCCACACAUGGUCCUAGUUCCAAAAUCAACUUUGCACAAUUGGAUGAAUGAAUUCAAACGCUGGGUUCCAUCAUUACGUGCUGUUUGCCUUAUUGGGGAUAAAGAUGCCAGG